AUGAGUACAACUGAAAAUGGUACUGACUCUGAGACUGGAUGGCAGGAGUGUGCCAGUUGGUUGACAAGAUGUGGAGCCCUUAGAGCUGACCACAAGGCCAACUGGCCAUCGGCUACUGCAUUUGAUUUAGCGUACACCCUCAGAGAUGGUGUAUUGCUUUGUAAUUUAUUAAAUUUAAUAGAUCCGGGAUGCAUUGACAUCAAGGAUGUUAGCCAAAAACCACAGAUGGCACAAUUUUUAUGUCUGAGAAAUAUUAAAUUAUUUUUAACUGUUUGCUCCUCGACCUUUGGUCUUUCUGAUUCCGACCUAUUUGAACCUUCGGUAUUAUUUGAUUUGUCAAACUUUCAUCAAGUUCUUUGCACGCUAUCUGCCCUAUCACAUUCGCCGAGAUUUCGUCGUAAAAACAUUCCAGGAUUUACUAUUGGACGUGAUCGGUCACAGGAAGAUGCAUACAAAGAUCUUCAGAGCGCAGGAGUUGGUCGUGAGACUGAGGGUCGCCGGAGAAGAUCGCGACGGCGAGAAGGUGACGAGGCAGGUGGUGGAGGAGGAGAUGAAAUUGAAGACCCAGUUGGCCAGGAAGAGGAUGGCUACGGGGCCUUUUGUAGUCACGCACAAAGCGAAGAGAUCUACCAUGACCUUUGUAGUCUACACCUGCCGCCUCCUCCAAGCGCCGCGCAGGGAGGAACUAUUCCAGGUGGAGAAAAAAGAGAUUAUGUUAUACAAGAGCUCGUUGAAACAGAGCGUAAUUAUUCCGAAGUAUUAAAUAGUCUUCUACGACAUUUUGCUCGUCCAUUAUCGUCAUUACUACGUCCAAAAGAUGCAGCAAGAAUAUUUUUUGGUAUUAAAGAUUUAUCUGAGAUUCAUGCAGGUGUGCAUAGUCAAUUACGUAAAGCACGUAAUGGUGCUGCUAUUGCUCAAGUAUUUCUCGAUUGGCGAGAGAAGUUCCUUAUUUACGGUGAUUAUUGUGCUAAUUUAACGGUAGCCCAAAAUACCCUCCAAGAGGCUUGUUCGCGGAAUGAACUUGUUAAUCAAGAAGUUAUUCGUUGCCAACAAGAAGCUAACAAUGGAAAGUUCAAACUUCGUGACAUUCUAUCAGUUCCAAUGCAACGAGUGUUAAAGUAUCACUUGUUGUUGGACAAACUUGUUGAAGAGACUCCUCGUGAGCUGGCUGAAGAUCUACGUCAGUUAAGUAAAGCUCGGGAGGUGAUGGUAGACGUAGCUCAAUAUAUUAAUGAAGUUAAACGUGACUCUGAUACUCUGGAUAUUAUAAAAGAUAUUCAAGCGUCUAUUGUCGACUGGGACGUAAGCGAUGGUACGCAGCUCAAAGACUUUGGUCGGUUAUUGAGAGACGGCGAGCUCAAAGUAAAAGCACACGGAGAUCAAAGAGUUAAAGCUCGUUAUGCUUUUGUAUUUGAACAAGCCGUUCUGCUGUGCAAAGCCGGGAGAGGCGAUCAAUAUUGCUAUCGAGAAACACUUAGACUUGAUGAUUAUCGGCUUGAAGACCACACGGGCCGGCGAAUCCUCGGACGAGACUCUCGGUGGUCCUAUCAGUGGUUAUUGGUUCACAAACAAGCCUACACUGCGUACACACUCUACGCACGCACCGAGGACCAGAAGCAAAUGUGGAUGAAAGCUAUGCAAGAUGCUAUGGACAAUGUUAAUCCUGCUGCUUGUCGUGUUACUAAUCAUAAAUUUCGCUGCGAUGUAUGUCGUUUGGCAGUACACAAACAAUGCAUAUCAUAUUCCGGACGUUGUAUGCCAGUACCUCCCACGCCACCAUUACCUCCUCCUCUACCGUGUGACCGUGCUCUCUCGGUUAAGCUGUGGUUUGUGGGCGAAAUGGGAAGAGAUGCGGCUGCACAUAAACUUGAGGCCAGAGAGGAUGGAACAUACAUGCUGCGAGUACGACCUGCUGGUCAACCUCGAUUAAAACAUGAAACUAAUUACGCCUUGAGUAUCAAAACUGAUGGGGCUGUUAAACACAUAAGGGUUUUCAAGCGUGAUGUUGAUGGUACGGAGCUGUACUAUUUGAGCGAAUCUCGAUUCUUCAAGAGCGUCGUCGAGCUUGUUGAGUACUACGAGCGUGCAUCCUUGUCGGAGAAUUUCGAAAAUUUGGAUCAACGGCUUCUAUGGCCAUUUAGACGCGUGUUAGCCAAAGCACUCUUUGAUUUUCGCGCAGGCGAGCGUAAUCAAUUGACACUAAGACGGGGGUGUCGGGUUGUCGUACUGAGCAAAGAAGGCGACGCUAAAGGCUGGUGGAAGGGUAAAAUAGCUGAUCAAGUUGGAUUUUUUCCGAAAGAAUAUGUUGAGGAAGAAUAG